AAGGACGUCUGCGUCGCUGUCCUUGUCUUGACCCCUUUGAGUGAAAGUACAUCUCCCCCGUCUCUCUCUCACCCACCUCUCGCUCCUCUAGACCUUCGCAAAGGGUUUCUAGAGCUCAUCAUCUAAAAAACGUGUGUACCAUUUUGGUGCGACGACAAUGUCUUCAAUGGUGGGCAGUGGCCGCAACGGAGGAGGCAACGCCAGCAGCAAUACUUUCAGCCGGAGCAAUAGUGGACGGAGCGGAGGCAACGGCAACAACAAUGACAACUACAGCCGCCCUCAAAGCCAUAUGACGCCUAGUGAACCGUCAACAGCGCACGACGACUCCACAAGUGUUUUCUCUGGCCAAGGCGGCGCACCCUCGACCCUUGGUGGCGCCACUUCGAUUUCGGGAGCCUCGCACUAUCAAAGGAGUGGCAAAGGCAGCGUCGGCAACGCCCCUCGAUCCCCACUUGGUGUGAACGUGAAAAGUACAGCGGGCCUUGAUGAGAAUCAGUCCAGUGCCACUCUCGGAAGUAUCGCCAGCGAGAUGAUCGAGAAUCGCAACCGAGCAGGCAGCGACGGUAUUCACGGCCAGAACAAUCAACAAAAUGGUACAGUCCAGCAAGGCCGCGGCAACAAUGCUAACAACAACAACGCCGACAGAGCUCAACACCGUGAGUCGGCGACCUCAAGGUACGAAGACGCCAGCGAUGUCCUUGGCUCGACAGAGGACACGUUCGUACGUAGCGACGAGCGUGACAGGCAUGGAAUGCCCACUGCUACUCUGUCUGGCGUCCAAGAGAGCUACGACUACGAAGAUCCUCCAAGCAAGGGCCGAGCUGAUUCUCGCCGGGGCGCCGGCAUGGCCAACGCUUCGCAAUUUGAGCAGACUGACGCCGCCUCUUUCGUAGGCCAGGACCCAAUCGCUCAGGCGGGUGACUUCAACCGCGACGACGCUGACGUUGUCUUUCUGAGCUCCGAGAUGGGCUCGGGCCCCAACCGUCAGCCUGCGACUCGUUUCAAGAUUCAUUCGAUCAACCUUCACGUCCACUCGCCUGCGCUGAGUGAAAUGGUCGAUGAUCUUGAAGACAGCCAGAUGGAGUUGCAACUUGAAGAAGAUGCGGCCACUCUCAAGCUUCUUUUCGGACUCAUGUACAACCGUCCCGCACCAUCGCUUGGCAUGAACGAGUGGCAAGUUGUCCUGCGCCUCGCUCGAUGCGCGCAGAAGUACGACGUUGCCCGCGCCAAGGAGGUUGCUGCCGCCUACUUUACCGAGCAGGAGCAAUUGGGCGCUCUGUCGCCCUUUAUGACGUACGCUUUUAGCGUCCAAUACAGUGAGUCGUCCCGUAAGUUGCCCGUCAUUGCAACGAGGGCUUACCGUGACUGUGAACGCAGGGCUCCCCGCCCUGGAGGAGGCUGCUGCCGAGCGAUCGGUUCGCUAUGAUAUCCACCACCUGCCUGAGCUUGUGUUCAACAUGAUGGGCUUCAGUGCAUUCCAGAAGCUGGCCGCGUUCCACGCUCGCCGUCAGAGCCACUACAGCGACUGCCUCAAUGCGAUUGCGAUGGACCCAAAGGAGCUGGCCGACCAGUGCUACCAGACAGGCGGCGUAUGCGUUAUUGCGCCAUGGAACAAGCUCAAGAACAAGCUGGCUUGGCCUCGUCAGAUGGGCCGAGACGGCUCCAAGAAGCCUCCGGAGCCUGCCGACAUCAUUCGAAAGCUCGUUACUGAGAUUGGCCAAGUGGGUUGUAGU